GUAUUCCCAGAGGCAGCCCAUUGUGUUUGUGCAUAUCAUUUGUCUAGGAAUAUAAUAUCAAACUACAAAGAAAACCUAGAAGCAGUUAAAGGAGCAUUCUUUGGAGCAGCAUAUGCCUACACAAUUGAUGAUUUUAAUCAUCAAAUGGAUAUAAUGUGGAAAGCAAACAAACAUGUGGUAGAAUAUUUGAAGAAGAUUGGAUUUGAAAGAUGGUCCCGUAUUCACUGUAAGUCAAACAGAUUCCUCGUAAUGACUUCAAAUGCUGCCGAGACAAUAAAUUCUACCAUGAAGGCUGCACGAGAACUUCCAGUUAGUGUUUUGCUGGAAAGCAUACAUGGAAUGCAACAAGAUUGGAGUGUGAAGAAUAGGAAAGAAGCAGAGUGCACUUUUUCAAAGCUUGCAAAAUUGGGGCACAAAAUGCUCGAAGCAAAUUAUAGAGAUUCCAUGAGAUUAACA